AUGUCUGACAACGAGUCAUUGGAUCAUUUGAUCUUUGGAUCAGGUCCUUCUUCAGGCUCUCUAAGCCCUCCUUCUCUAAGCCCUCCUUCUCCAAGCCCUCCUUCUCCAAGCCCUCCUUCUCCAAGCUCUCCUUCUUCAAGCCCUCCAAGCUCUCCAAGACUUCUUCCAAGAAUUAAUGAAAAUAACGACGACUUUGCUGUGGCGUCUGACCUGGAUGCUUGGUCUUUGGCCUCAGAUCGUUCUGAGGACUCCUCUAGAAGAAGACGAAGCUCAGCUAAAUCGUCUUUCUCUGUUCCUGAUAUAGAAUUGUUCACCGUCUCUUCAGACUCGUAUUUUUCUCAUCAUAGGGAUGCUGCUGGUUCCGGUGCUGGUGCCGGUGCCGGUGCCGGUGAUGCGGGUACUGCUGCUGCUGGUGAUGCGGGUACUGCUACGGCUACUGCUGCUGCUACUGCCACUGCUACGGCUACGGCUACGGCUACGGCUACGGCUACCGGUGCUGCCCCUCCUCCCCCUACAGUCACCCCUCCCGCUUCUCCAAGAUACUCUACAAAAAGACAUAGACGAAUGUCUCGUACAAGAAAAGAAGAGAUUGAAAUCUCUCCCACUGCACAAAUAUACAAAAAUCUAUUGAUUCUCGAGGAAGCUUUGAGACAACAAGGUGCACAACAAAACAGACUCAAGACUAAAUACAUGAUCUUUGUGAUUUCCAUGUUGAUUGUGUUUGUAUUAACAUCAUAUGUGACGUUCAUGGCUGAGAGCCCGAGCUAUUGGAGGUUUUUCUGCCAAGUGGUAGGAAGUAUUGAUCUUCUCACUCUUAUACUCUACUUUCUUAGUGGAGAAUAUAACAGAACCAUCACAAGACCUCGAAAGUUUUUAACAUACACUAAUAAGGGAAUUAGAAGGAUGAAUAUAAGGCUUGUCAAGGUUCGAGUGAAAAGAACUGAUAAAUUACUGGAUAUAUUGAAGAUUUGUCUGUUAUUACCAACAGUUUUACUCAAGAUACCCUGUGAAUACACGCUAAGGAUGGUUCCCUCGUUUAAUGCAGUCAUAAAGUUUCGCAACUGGCUAGUGGAGUUUGAAGCCAAGCUACAGACUUCUUCCUCAAGAGGAGGUGUUGAGUGUAUGAAGAUCAUCUUGAAUCCAAGAGUUUUUAGUACGGGAACUAGAGAACAAUGGGAGUUGUACAGAAACGAGUUCUGGAAUAAGGAGACCAUCCGUAGAAGGCACGUCCUUCAGAAGAAGCAGCAAUAA